AUGGUUUUGAUGGAAGCUCAAAUGGCGGCUGUGUACCCAAUAGGACCAGUAUACAAUCAAGUAACCAAUUCACUGAAGCCUCGCUGUUUUGCUGCCUUAAAACGUAUAUUUGAAAUCUAUGCACGUGAUAAUGAUUACGUUCUCAGUAACGAAGGGUUAAUCCAUAUUUAUUAUCGAUGCUUCAAUAUACCAUUGAUGCCUUUUCAAAGUAGAGGAUUAAUAGAAUCUAUUCAAGAACAGUGUCCGGAAGGAGUCAAAGAAAACGGACUCACACUGGAUGGGUUCUUGGUUCUAAUAGUCACAAUGCUCAUCAAACAAGGAAAACUCAAAACGUUAUGGACUAUGCUUAGGACAUUCGGAUACAAUAAAGAUUUAAGACUUGCAGAUGAGAUGAUUCCUUAUUCAUCACUCAAACGCAAGCCUGAUCAGACUGUUGAGCUGACAGAUGAAGCUAUUGGAUCCUUAAGGAGGACCUAUAACCGUUUUGAUAACUUGGGACCUCAAAUGAUGGAAUCUCUCUUUGAAACUGCACCUGAACGUCCCUGGAAUGAAGCUCCUUAUAAGUAUGCUGUAGAGAAAACUAGUAAUGGUGGAUUAUCACUUGAAGCUUUCCUCUCACUGUGGUCAUUGAUGACACUACUAGAUCCAGCUAGGAGUCUUGAAUAUUUCAUUUACAUUUGUCACCCUGAUGAUCCAUCUUCAGCAGUUCAUGUUACUAGGAGAAGAGAGCUAGACCGCAAGGAAAAAAACUCUGAAAGAAAAGUUGUUCAGUGUUUUGUCUUUGGACCCAAGAAUGCUGGAAAAUCUGCACUUCUCAAUGGUUUUAUUGGAAGGCCAUAUGAUGAUGACAAUAGAAAUGUAUUAGCUGAUGAACGUUAUGCUGUUAACAUGGUUGGAAACUCUGGUCUAACCGGAGAUGCAAAGAAAACUCUGGUGAUGAAGGAGAUUCCAUAUCAAGAAGAUGGAUUAUGGUUAACAAAUGAAGCUUUGGCUUCUUGUGAUGUUGCAAUAUUUGUUUAUGAUUCUUCUGAUGAGUUUUCUUGGAAGAGAUCUAUUGAUUUGCUUGCUGAGGUUUCAACCAUUAGUAAAGACGCAGGGUUAGAGUUUCCUUGCCUGAUGGUUGCAGCUAAAAUGGAUCUUGAUUCAUUCCCAAUGGCUAUUCAAGAGUCAACUAGGGCCACACAAGGUAUAGGAAUCGAAACUCCAAUACCAAUCAGUUCCAAACUUGGAGAGUUUGAUAACUUGUUUCGCAAGAUACUAACCGCUGCUGAGCAUCCUCAUUUGUGUGUUACAAAGAAAGAUUGA